CGUUACUAAUAUUCAGAGGAAAAUUGCGUGUUUCUUUUUCACGGGCGAAACUUUCUUCAUAUUCCCAGUGUUAAACAUAAUUUAAGCUGAAUUACGGAAAGAAGGCUGGAUUCACCUAGCACAUCUUUGAGGUGGUUGUACUUUGGGAGACACUUGCACGGUUGCUGUGCUGAUGGGAAACACAUGUCAUUUGGGCGUAAAAGUUUCUAUGUGAAUUUCUCAGUGGGAUGCGAUGGAGCGUGUGCUCUUCCCCGGCGCUUUGUCACCAGAGUGAUGCCCUGCUUAGACCCAGAUCUGCAGAGAGCAGCACGCAAGAACCUCAGCUGCUAUCUUCUCCUCUCUGUGCUGGUGCUUCUGUGCCAUGUGGUCACAGUGGAAGCCAGCUUCAUGCAUGAUUCAAAGGCACAUUUCCCACGUGGCUGCAGGGACCCCUGGACUCUGGUGGACAGGGUCCGGGUGCCCACUCUGGUCCAGGUGACGGUCUGCAUGCACCUGCGAGUGCUGGCCCAAGGGGAGUGGACAGCCUUUACCUACGGCCCUCCUCAUGUGGAGCAGUACGACCUGGCCCUGGAGGGUGACAGGAGGACCCUGUACGUGUGGCUGCUGGGUGUGAGGCAUCGCUUCCCAGUCCGCCUCCUCCCCCACAGGUGGUACCACGUGUGCCUGAAACGGGACGCGGCCCGCCACAGCGUCGCCCUAGACGUGGACGGCUCCCCCUCCGUGCGCACGGUCACCGGGGAGCCUAUCCCGCUAGGCGGGGACCUGCUGUUGGGCUGCAGGGCUCGGCAUACCCCCCUCUCGCACCUCGGGGAGGUGGAGCUCUACCUGUUCCGUGUGUGGGAUGACAUCGGCAACCACGACACCUGCGAGAAUGGGACUGUGGUCGGCUGGAGUUCGGAGGAGUGGGACAGAGGCGAGUGGGCACCGGUGCGAGACGACAGGCUGCCGUGCGGCCCAAGGCGGGUGAAGCGUGAAGCACUACCAGUGGGUCAGGAUAGGAGCCUUGUCGUCACAUUGCCUCCGCCCACCAUAUCCCCUCCACCUUUGUCUACUGCUCCGCCACCCUCUGAGACCACUCUACCUCCACCCACUAUACCCCUUCCAAUUGUAAUUCCACCCAUUACACUCACACCACCUCCUCCUCUACUCGCCGCAACCCUUCCACUUUCAUCCACAUCACCCCUUCCACCUUUAUCUGCAGCACCUCUAACUUCACUCACAGCAUCCUCUUCAACAGCUGUCACCUCAACAUCUCCAGAAACCUCUCCAGAGUUUGUCACACCCAGUCCCCUAACUUCAGCUCUGCACACUGCUGCUUCAGUUACACCUUCCACACUGCCUCCAUCCACAUCCAGUACAUCACCUGCAAUCACAUCCACCAUGCUUCCUCAGACCACAUCCACCAUACUGUCUCCAACCACAUCCACCACACUGCUUCCAAACACAUCCACCACAAUGACUCCAACCACAUCCACCACACUGAUUCCAAACACAUCCACCACACUGCUUCCAGACACUUCCAGUACAUUAUCUGUAACCACAUCCACCAUGCCGUCUCCAAAUACAUCUACCACAAUGCCUCCAACCACAUCCACCAUGCUGUCUCCAAACAUUUCCACCACACUGCUUCCAAUCACCUCCACAAUUAUGUCUCCAAACAUAUCCACCACACUGCUUCCAACCACACCCACCAUGCUGUCUCCAACUACAUCUGCCACGCUGUCUCCAACUACAUCCUUGGAGCUCACAGUCAACAUGUCCACUACUGAAACUUACACACUCACCACAACUCCUACCCACAACAACACAACAGGGCCUCUGGCAAUACAGUGCACAUUCCCAGAGUUCUGUGCCAACGAAACCGCAUUCUACUGGAUGGUCCUGGAAAUGCAGGCGACUAAAGGCAAGAAGACUGAAUCAGACAUCUCCAACUGGCUCUCCGGUGUCUUUAACAUCUACACCUGUGAGCUGUCCAGUCAAGCAACAACUAACAUGGUGGCCAGCACAACCAGCUCUCCACAGAACACCCCCUCUGACAGCACUACCUCUGACAGGGGACAGGAAACAUGCCCGGGGAAAAAUGAAACAGCCGUUCUCCUCUUCCAGGGAAUUGAGGUCCUGUGUGAUGACAAAGAGAAAAUAAGGAUAACUAACUGCACGGUGCUGCUCCAGCUAAGCCGUCCCACAGACCCCUGUGUGCUAUACCAGGCUCUUGUUGAUGGCAGUGGGAGCUCCUCCAUACAGGCCCGCCUGCUGGGUCAGGUGGAGCAAGUGGCCAAGGGACUGUGUUCCAGUGAAAAUGUGCUGGCUCCUGGUGGCAGCUUUGAGAAGUGCUACUCCUCCUCUCCCGUCUCUGAUGUCUGUCACUCUGAACACCCUCUGAAUGUCACAUGUAAUAGUUCUGCAGGAAAAGUGGUUGUGCCUGUGGAUGUUCAAAAGCCCGUGAAACAAAUCUGCUCUCAGAGCAACAUAAUUGAGACGUUUAACUGCAGCUGUUCUACAUUCUGUAAUGACACAGCUGCAUACUACACUUUAAGCGUUCUGAUCGUUGCUGGCCGGAUCACAUUUGAAGAUGUUCAGUCUUUGGUCAACCAGCUGGGUUCAGUUCCACCAGCCUGCAACAGUUCUUCAACAACCUCAGACUCACUUUGCUCAAUGGCUUCCACAGUUUCAGGAGUUUUUCAGGAAGCUUACCCGAAAUGUUCAGCAAUGUUUGAAGUCUGUACUGUAAUCCUGAAGCUGGCUAGACCUCUGGACACCUGUAUGAUCAGAGACGUCCUGGUGCCGCUGUUUCAAACCAUGCCGGGCAUCAUCUAUGACUCCACCCUCACACGACUGGCAAUCUGUGAUUGGCCGUCAGGAUCCACUGUCAAUAUGUCAAAGAUCAGCUUCCCUUUGAUCAGCACCGACCUCAGCGUCUCCCAGAUCUGUGACCUCCACAGUUCAUCACUCCUCACCUGCAAUAUGGGUGAAACUGUGGGUGUGUCCCUCAGUGAAAUGUGUAUGCCAGGCCCCAUCCCUCCCCCAUUUACAGCCGCACCCCCCAAUACUACCUACAGCCUCUCCCCAACACCACCCAUUGAUACCAUGGCCAACACAUCCACAACUUUCUUGCCACCCAACAUCACAAUACAGCACAACAUGACAACAGGCUCUCUGAAGAACACUACAACCCUAACAUCCAGCACAUCAAACAUUACAGAGGGGGUAACAAUGACAUCACCGAAGACGCCCACCAACGUAACUAAAACUGCAUCCACCACAACCCUGUCUACUCCAACCAACUCCACAACUACUGCAGAAAGCUCAGCAAGUCCCAUUAUAACGCCAGGGAAGCCAAUGACCAUUGCUCCUGCCAGCACCACAAACCCAGCUGCUACCACAGUGUCCAUGACGACAAAGAGCCUGGAGACAGAGGCAGAGGGACUACUGAACCUCACAAAGGACGUGUCCUCUCUCAACUCCUCCCAGGUGGCACAGCUGGUGUCCCAGCUGGAGAACCUGCUCUCUGGACCCAAUGUGAGCCUGAACCUGGGACGCACCGUGAUCACCAUCGUCAGCAACUUGCUGAAUGCCUCUGUUGACACACUGGCCUCCUCCUCCAACAGGAUAAUAGGAGUGGUGGAUACAGUGGGACUGAAACUGGUUGUGCAGGGUACGACAGAGACCAUCUUAUCUGACUCCGUUGCUCUGGCAGUGAAGAAGGUGGACAGUGCUAACUUUCAGGAGACGUCCUUCUCUAUCACAGACCCUUCCAACGUGCAGAUCAGCGGUAACCUCAAAGGUCAAACCAAUACAAGGAAUAUAGUUCCCAGCUCCCCUCAGGGCUCCAUCACGCUGCCUGCCUCCCUGACUGACAACCUGAGCCCUGAGCAGCAGCUGCUGGCUUCCAGGGUCCAAUUCAACUUCUACCAGAAGAGCACGGUGUUCCAGGACAGAGCCCUUGGAAAGAAAAGGCUGAACAGUGCUAUCCUAGGAACAAGUGUGGCCAACCUAUCCAUCAGCAACCUGAGGCACAAUGUGGUCUUCACCCUGAGGAACAAUGAACCCAUCCCAGCCAACUUUGUAGCCUCUUGUGUGUUCUGGGACUUCCGCAGGAAUGGUGGAUCAGGGGGCUGGAACCCAAGUGGUUGCUUUGUUCAAAACUCAACAGAUGAAGAGACGAUCUGCAGUUGUAACCAUCUCACCAGCUUUGCAGUGCUUCUGGACAUUUCCAGAGAGGGCAUAACUAACCGUAUACAGUCAAUCAUCCUCACCUACAUCACCUACAUUGGGUGUGGGAUUUCCGCCAUCUUCCUCUCCAUUACUCUGCUCACAUACCUGGCCUUUGGAAAACUGAGGAAGGACAUCCCAUCCAAGAUUCUGAUCCAGCUGUGCACAGCCCUGCUACUACUCAACUUAGUCUUCCUGCUGGACUCAUGGCUGGCACUGUACCCAAACUCUGUGGGCCUCUGCAUCUCCACUGCCUUCUUCCUGCACUACUUCCUUCUCGUAUCUUUCACCUGGAUGGGCCUGGAGGCCCUCCACAUGUACCUGGCACUUGUCAAGGUCUUCAACACCUAUGUGUCUAAAUACAUGCUCAAGUUCUCCCUUGCUGGCUGGGGUGUCCCACUUAUUGUGGUCAUCAUUGUCAUUGCAAUUGACAAAAACAACUAUGGCCUUAUUUCCUAUGGAAAGUUUAAUGAUGGUUCCACAGAUGAUUUCUGCUGGCUCAAGAAUGAUGUGGCAUUCUACGUGGCUGUGGUGGCCUACUUCUGCGUGAUCUUCGUGGUGAACCUUAGCAUGUUUAUAGUGGUGAUGGUGCAGCUGUACCGGAUCAAGCAGCAGAACCCCCACAAUGUCCAACAGCGCAGUGGGCUGCAGGAUCUGCGCAGCGUAGCUGGACUCACUGUCCUCUUGGGACUGACCUGGGGCUUUGCUUUCUUUGCCUGGGGGCCUGUCAAUCUGCCCUUCAUGUACCUGUUUGCCAUCUUCAACUCCCUACAGGGAUUUUUCAUCUUCAUCUUCCACUGUGCCAUCAAGGAAAAUGUGCGGAAGCAGUGGAGGACCUACCUGUGCUGUGGGAAAUUGCGGCUACCUGAAAAUACAGAAUGGAGCCGAACUGCUACCCAAAACAGAACCAAGAAGCUGUCUGCAAUCAGGGCAACCUCCUUUGGCUCCUCCAACUCUGUGCAAUCCAGCAACACCUCCAGCACCUCUUCCUUCUUGCCCAGUGACAGCACUGAGAGGCCUAAUGGCAUCGGUGGCCGGCAUGAAGACGGGCAGAUAACUUCUCUGGACGAGCCCAAUGGAGAUGUAGUUAUGAAUGAGAUCAACAGCCGGUACAGAACACAGAGAGGGCAGUGAGGGCAUGCUUCCCUAGUGUAGGCCUAAAGAUAUGCCUUAAUCGGUGGCACAGUAUGUAUACAUUAGAUUCUAUACUCAGUUCAUUCAAAGAUGUAAUGUAUAUGUGAUAUAGUGUAUAUAUAGACAGGAUGUGCAUUAUUGUUGGUGCUGUGCAUUAUUGUUGAAACAACUGUUUGUGAUCAUGGUCUCAUUAGAACAAAGUGGUUUUAACACAUGAAACAUGCAGAACUUUGCAGAAUUAUGCUUUUCCUGGGGGUAAAAGUGAUUAAUAGCUGCUUUCUACAAUACCUCAGUUUUCACAGACAAGUGAUGAAAUCAUGCAACAUUUUUUCAUUGUAUGUAUCACGUUAAUCACUGGAGUUACAAGUCACACAUCAAAUGUGUCUCAGCAGCCACAAUAGUUUGAACGUGAACAGACUGGAAACACUGAUGCUUCAGUAUCUUCAGUAUACACACACACACACACACACACACACACACGGACAUUCCCAUCAGAAUAGACAAUACAGUACAUUUCUCAAUAUCCACUGCUUAAAUGAUGCUAAAUGACACAUUAUAUAUUCAUAUAUAGUUAGUAAACAUGUUUAUGUAUACGUCUACAUAUUUAAAAUGUAGAUUUAUUUUCCCAGCUUCAUCCCAAAUGUGUAAUUAUUUGCAUUUCAUUUCCUUUUUGUUUCCCCCCCUCUUCCCCCUCUUUCCCCCACCUUUACAAGUCCUGCAUUGACUUAAAUUAUGAGACGAGUGUAUGUCAUAUGUGUUUAUUAUGUUUAUAUAGUCAUCCUACAAUAAUGUAUGUACAGUUUAAAGUUAU